CUCUUCUUCUUCUCCUUCUUCCUCUUCUUCUUCUCCGUCUUCUCCGUCCUCCUGGCCGCCUCGCUUUUCACCCCAGCGGGCCUAUCCUUGACUAGCGACUUGAGCUGGUGCUGAUGAGAACCUGAGACCACAUUCCCCUCAGAUUCCCACUAACUCCUCUCGUCACACAACUCAGUCGCUCCUUUCUGUUCGAGGCGACAAUCCCUCCCACCCACCCACCACUCCACCACCAUCACCACUGCCAUCUUCCAUCUUCCAGACGACCCAUCUCGAACGGCAGCGUCGCCAUCGAGCCUACACCAGGGCACAGCUCAGCACAACAAUCGGUCGGCGCAUGCUGACCUGAUAUUGGCCGCAACACACUACCUCCCUCUGUGACCGAAUCGAAGAAUCACCGAAAGAGAUGGCGGGCUCCACGCGAUAUCUGCGAUACAUUGUCUUCGCCUUUGUCGCCCUGAUCCUCAUCUUCUUCAUCUCAUCCUCGUCAUCACGAGUCCCUGGCACUGAACACAUCCAGUCCGCUUCAGACUUGCUCAAGGCGCAAGGGAUAUGGAAGGGCACCAACUCUGACUCGAAGACACCACCCUCAGCCGGAGACAAGUUUCCCGCCGCCGUCGCUCCUCAAUCAGGCACUCAGCCCGCUGUUGCUGCUGGGUUGGACAAGCUCAACACUUCGCCUAACCCAGCUGCCGGCGGAGUGCAGACGCACCUCUCCAACACUGCGCCAGGCCCGCGCAUGAACGCCACCUUUGUCACACUUGCCCGCAACAGCGAUGUGUGGGAGAUCUCCAGAUCGAUCCGCCAGGUCGAGGACCGCUUCAACCACGCCUACAACUACGAUUGGGUCUUCCUGAACGAUGACGACUUUGACGAAACGUUCAAGAAGGUCACGACCUCCUUGACAUCCGGCCGAGCGAGAUAUGGAAAGAUUGACAAGGAGCACUGGGGCUUUCCCGAAUGGAUUGAUCAAGAAAAGGCGAAGAAGGUGCGCGAGGACAUGCACGAACGCAAGAUCAUCUAUGGAGACAGCGUCAGCUACAGGCACAUGUGCAGAUACGAGUCUGGCUUCUUUUUCCGCCACGAAAUCAUGCUCGAGUAUGAGUGGUACUGGCGUGUGGAGCCCAGCAUCGAGCUCUACUGUGACAUUGCCUACGACCCAUUCAAGUUCAUGGCCGAGAAGAAGAAGAAGUACUCGUUCGUGCUGUCGCUCUACGAGUACGUGGAGACUAUUCCCACUCUCUGGGAUAGUGUGAAGAAGUUCAUCAGCGAACACCCAGAGCACAUUGAAAGUGACAACGCAAUGGAGUGGCUAUCCGAUGAUGGCGGAAACACGUACAACCACUGCCAUUUCUGGUCCAACUUUGAAAUCGGCAACCUGAACUGGCUGCGCAGCCCAGCAUACAUCCAGUACUUUGAGUCCCUCGACAAGGAUGGCGGAUUCUUCUACGAGCGCUGGGGUGACGCUCCUGUCCACUCCAUCGCAGCAGCUCUCAUGCUGAAGAAGGAGGAGAUUCACUUUUUCAACGACAUUGCCUACUACCACGUUCCAUUCACGCAUUGCCCUACCGACGAACAGCAACGACUGGACUUGAAGUGCCACUGCAAUCCCAAGGACAACUUUGACUGGAAUGGAUACUCCUGCACGAAACGGUGGUACGACGUCAACGGCAUGGCCCUGCCAGCAGGCUACGAGAAACAGCAGUGACAACACGGAAGAUACAAAGAGGUGGCAGAACAAUGGCUGGGCCCAAUCAUCAUUCUUGGAAUAACGCUUGCAUUUGUCCUCGUCAUUCUGCUUUAUCGACCGAUUCUGAACUUGUAUGAGUAUACCGCACGAACAACGGGGUGGAGGAAGGAGAGUCGUUUCUCGCAGGCGCGUUUUCCCACCGAGCAGCAGGUGGUGGAGAAGCCUAUAUGGUAGACGACAUGUACCAGCGUGUGAAUACCUGGCUGUGACGAAAGAGAAAGCCGGGCAUCAUUGCAAUUCAGGAGGUUCUCUUUACAAACGGCAGAUGGGAUUUGAAUAUUCUUUUUUUUUUUCUGGCACGAAUAGCACGGCGAGAAAUGUGGCACAGGAGUAACAAAAACGCGCAAAACUAGUCGGCGCAAGCAAGGGGCGUAGGGUAGAGGAUACAAUCGUAAUUUCUAC